AUGUCGAAGGCUUGGGUUUCACAGAAAUUAAGUAAUGAAGAUCUCUCUCCAGAAGUAAGCGUUUGUCUAGAUGUCCUGGAGGAUAUGGUAAUUGUUCCAAAGGGACAGACUUCACAAGAUACAUUUCCACGUGUUUUAGAAGAUUGCCAGGGAACCUGCAUGACCACUACUGACAUGGAUAACACAGUGGAAGAACAUUCCCACAAUGAUGAUACACAUCUUUCACUGACAUCCAUAGGGAAGACUUUCAUGGAAGCAUUCACUGAACUGGAUAUAGAGACUGGUGAUCUUGAAAUUACUGAUUUGUUGGGAUCCCUCAGUGAUUCUGAGAAUCUUAAAAUUAUAAACCCAUUGCCUGACGAUUUAGGUAAUUUCUUUUCCAUUGAUUCAUCAGCAGAUGAGAGCAGUGAUGCACUGCCAGUAGAGCUUGUGACAGCUCUGAAUGCUAUGUCAGGAUCUCCGAUAGUGCCAAAUGAGAUACAUCUUAACACAGAGAGAGAGCACUUAAAUUCAGAACCUAGUAUUCUCCAAUUAGGUGAUGACUGCACACAAGUAACAAACAGGAUUGAGCCUCAACUUGCUAAAAUUCAAGGGGAAGAAAUAAAAGCCUUAAGAGGAUCUGACUUGCAGAGGACAACAAACGAGCAACCUGUGGAUGAUCAGCAAAGAGAGAAAGAAGUAACUUCAAAUUACCGGGGUGCCACCUCUAGUGAAAACCAACCUGUUGAGGGAAGUGCACAUUCAGCAAAUGCUGCAGCAUGUGCAGAAGCAGCCCAAACAACAUCAAGGAGAGCGAUGCAGUUGAGGGAGACCUCUGUAAGAGAGUGCAGAGCUCAUAUUUCCAGUCACUGCCAAAUGCUUGAAGAAACUCAGCAGAGGAUGUCUCACAGUGGCAGUACAAGAAGAAACAAAGCUGAGGAUUUUGAUAAAAUUCAUGAAUCUACUUCUGAAGAUAAGCAGGAUCUAGAAACCAACAUAUACCAAGAAAUAACUCUGAAUGAGGAUAGUGAAGUUAAGCAGAGAAGAAAGAGCAAGAGAAGUGGAAACAAACUGAGACAAGAAGCCUUUGGUAGGAAUUCUGUAAAUCCGAUUUGCCCCAUUUCACUUUCAGUCAUCCAUAGGAGGAAUAUAUAUGGUGAAACCUUACUGCAUAAGGCUGUUCUUCAUCAAGAUGUAGACCUUGUACGUAACAUAAUAAAAGCAGGUGGAAAUGUAAAUAUUCAGGAUUAUGCUGGCUGGACUGCACUACAUACAGCAAGUCUGGAAGGCUCUUACAGGAUUGCAGAUGAGCUUCUGAAAGCAGGAGCUGAUGUUGAUGCUAGAGGAUAUGAACAAGUAACACCAUUACAAGAUGCAGCUAAGGAAGGCCAUUAUGAGAUGGCAGAGUUACUACUUUUCUACGGAGCUGAUCCCUUAUUAAAAAAUGAGAUGGGAAGGUGUGCACUGGAAGAAGCUUCUGACCCAACUAUGAAGAAACUGCUUAAAAGCUAUGUAGCAAAAUACAGAAUAAAUUCAGUAGCAGGUGGAGAUGAUUCAAAGAAUAUGUUAAAUGCUCGAAGUAUAGAGGAUACAAACCUGCACCAGUUUUCCUUACAGACAGAUGAGUCAGAACCAGAGUGUGCAAAUCUUCUGCAUUCAGACAGCACAGACAUACUGCAACAGACUAUUGUAAAUGAGGUGCAAAACAUUUAUCCUGCUAUAUCUGGAGGUGGAACCAGCUGCACUAAACAGGCAGUUCAAGCAAAUGCAGAAACACUGUUAGCGCAAGAGCGUUUAGCAGCUACUAAUGGAGAAAGUGCUUCUGGAAAUCCUUAUAAUUCUGCCAGUAGUGUAUUAAGCAAUUCUGAACAAAAGGCUUCACAACCAGAGGAAGGAGGGAGGAUCCUGUUUAAUGCAGAAGAAAGUGUUGAAGGAUGUCACACUGAAACUGAAAAUGUUAGUAGUUUAGAGUUUGAGCCUCCAGCUUUACAACUCCAUGAAAAGGACACAUGUCAGAUUAUUCAAAAGAGAAAGGAUCCUCAUGAGCCCAGUUCAAAAGCAGGAUUGCAUUUUGAUGAAGGAGUGUUUGCUCGAGUAAGUGGGACAAAAGGCUCUGAAAAGAAUGGAGACAAAGUAAAUGCAAAGAUCAGUGUGCUUUCAGAGUUUACUGAAACAGAAGUCCAAAGUAAAAGAAUAAGAUUAGACCUUCAGGAAACAAACCGAAAAGCAGCCCCAUAUUCCAGUAGCAGCAAAAAGAACCUUUCAUCUAAGCAAUCGCAUUUCAGUCAAGCAUCAGGACAGCAGACAUCCAAGAAAUCAGGUGAAAAAAAGAUAACAAAUAAGAGAAAUACAAAAGGAGAAACUCAGCUGCAUAUUGCUGCUAGGAGAGGAAAUUUGUCUUUGGCGAAAACACUAGUACCAUCUGGAAUUUGUGUCAAUGAACAGGACUAUGCAGGUUGGACAGCAAUUCAUGAAGCUUCCAAUAGGCGAUUUACUGAAGUGAACUUAGAAUUACUGAAAGCUGGUGCUAAUGUUAACAGCAGAAGUCUGGAUGGUAUUUUGCCAAUACAUGAUGCUGUUUCUGGCAACAAUUUGAAGGCCACCAGGAUUCUACUACAGCAUGGAGCAAAUCCCUGUGAGAGGAGUAAUUCAGGGAAAAGUGCUUUGGAUGUAGCUCAUGAUGAUGAAAUGAGUGAACUGCUGAAGUCUUAUGAUGCUAUGGACUCUCUACCUUCUGUUGACACUACUGAAGUUACAGGGACAAGAGAUCCUUCUAGAUCAAGAAGAUCAGAAUAUCCUUGUUACAGCUACUGUGAAAAUGAUAAUGCAGAUUUGGAGCCGCAAUGUGAGGAAUACAGUGUGGAGCCUGCUGCUGCCAUACAAGACGCAGAAGAGAAGCAAAAAGAAUUGUUGCUACUUGAAUUGAGAACUUCCAAAGAUGCAGAUAUGUAUAUCCAGAGGCUGUCUCAGGUGCAAGAUACUUUGAAUGAAAUGCUUGCAAAACAGAAAACAGAAAGGGAUACCCUUGCUAAAAAGUACAGGGCUUCAGUAGAAUCUUUUAAAAAAGGACCACUGAGGAAACAAUUAGUUAACCUUGCUUCUAGACAAAAGAGUCUGUUGACUGUUGCCCAAAACCAGGAAAUAUUAGUUCAGAAAAUACAGAAUUACAGAAAAACAAAGCAAAUGUUCAGUGCAUCAUAUUCAGAGAAGCAGAUCUCAAACUCAAUUAUUUCCUGUGGAGAUGAUGAAAGACAAAGUUUAACUGCCGAUGAAAUUGUGUGCCCUGAUAUAGUUACAUUUAGUAUGGGGCUUGGUGCCAGCAUGCCUAAUGGAAACAGAGUAGAAGCACAUCUCCCUUUAGAAAAUGGAUUUCCAGCUCAGGACUGCAGCCAACAUCCACACAUCUGCUUGGAUGAGACAGGAGCAAAUAAAGAAGCAAUUAGAAGCAAAGAGGCUUUUGAUCAUGCUUUGGCAUCCGAAAGCAGGGUAAGAGAAUAUCCCUUCGACAACAUGUCAAAGCUGACAAAUGCUGUAGAAGUAGUGACGUUGCCUUCAGAACCUGCUGUUUCCACUGCUAAAACAAAGUGCUCACAGCAAAAAGACAUUGAUUGUGUAGCAAUUGCAGAACAAGGAAACAAGUAUUUAGAUCCCACUUCAGUGACAAAUGUAUUAAAUAUUGUAGAACCCCAAAGCAGUGUUGUCAAUAACAAUGUCUGUCAGCCAGGCAGUGACUGCCAGCAGGUUCUUACACGUGAGGGUCUACAGAGGUACGUAAUUGAGAAGGAAGAUUUCCAGCAGCAGCAACAGCGAAUAAUUUUGUCAAAAUCUACAAAGAACUUCCCUAAUACUUUGCAGCAGAUCUUCCAGUGUCGUGAGAAUUCAUUUAAUGCCAACUUGGUACUUUCAAAUCAUACCUCAAAUACAGAUUAUCCACUAAAUCUCAGGGAGAAAUCUUCUCAGAGCGAUAGUAAUCAAGAAUGUGAACAAAUCCAAGUGAGGUGUGGAAGAAGAAAUAAGAAAAAGCUCCAGUUGAUAGAUCUACUUAAAUUGGGAAAGAUUAAGCCAGGAGAAAAUGUUUUAGAAUUCAAACUGCAGGAAUUUAGUUAUAAAGCCACACUCUUAAACAGUGGCAAGAUCAGAACCAAUAAGAGACAAAUAAUGCAGAAUCCAGUUCACUGGGUUAAAGAUCUACUAGGAAAUGAUAUUUAUGUGACAUGGAAGUAUGCAUGGAAUAAGGUUACAUAUCUUGGGACACAGUUGUCGAAAUUUAUUGAGGAAGGAGUAUCGGUUUCUAAAGACCCAGAAUUACCAUCACAAGAAAGAAUGCCUUUGG